AAAGAGACUGAAGAAGAAGGUCGAGGAGUGUUGGAUUGGAGCGAGGAACCGGGAAAUCGGGGGGGCAAAACAAAAAAGGGAAACGAUGCCGCUAAGUUCGACGGUGAUCGGAGCUCUGCUCGGAUUAGGAACACAGAUGUAUUCCAAUGCCCUCCGCAAGCUACCUUACAUGCGCCAUCCUUGGGAGCACGUGCUGGGGAUGGGGCUUGGGGCAGUGUUCGUAAACCAGCUGGUGAAAUGGGACGCCAAGCUGCAGGAAGACCUCGAUAAGAUGCUCGAGAAGGCCAAAGCUGCCAAUGAGCGUCGUUAUUUCGAUGAAGAUGAUGCGUAGCUUGUGUCCCUAAUGAUUGCGGGAUUUUCAGAGAACAUUUUCAUCUUUUGAGAGAAUGAUGGUCCUGAAAGUUGUGGGCGCUUGUUUGCUUCAAAUUAGUUCAUCUGUUUGUAACGCAUUAAAGACCUCAUUUUUUUUUUUUCCUCCCCCCCCUUCAUUUUAUAAAUUUUGCUACACAUAAAAGAUGCGUGAAUGAUGUAAGCUGGUGGAUGCAGUAAUCACUGUGCGCGCUAAUAAAUUAAACAAAUGGAGCGAAAUUUUUCUUGCUGUAA